CCGCCGCCCCGCUCCCAGCUGACGGGGGCAGCCCCUUGUUUACUGGCCAGGGAAGCGGCCGCCAGCCCGGCCUGCACUGGAAGGGGCCGCCGGGGCCGCCGCCGAGGAGCAAGGGAGGGGCCGGGCGCUAUAAAGUGGACCCCGCGGCGCUUUCUCCGGGUCUCUUCCCCACCAUGCGAAGCCGGGCCCGGCCCCCGCGCCCGCCCCGCAGCCUCUGAUUCGCCCCCGCCGGGCCGCGCCGGAGCCGCGGCGGCUCCCAGCGAACGCGGGCAUGGGACCCCGGGUGGCGGCGGCGCUGGCCGUGGCCGUGGUGCUGGCGGCCUGGUGCGGCCGGAGCCGCGCCGAGAUUUGCAGGAGCAUGGACAUUCGCAACAACCUGACCCGGCUGAACAUGCUGGAGAACUGCACCGUGAUCGAGGGCCACCUGCAGAUCUUGCUCAUGUUCAAAACCAAGCCGGAGGAUUUCCGUGAGCUCAGCUUUCCUAAGCUGACCAUGAUUACGGACUACUUGCUGCUUUUUCGCGUGUACGGCCUGGAGAGUUUAAAGGGGCUUUUCCCAAACCUCACUGUGAUUCGAGGGACUCAUCUCUUCUUUAAUUACGCGCUCGUCAUUUUUGAGAUGGUUCACCUGAAGGAGAUCGGCCUCUAUAACCUCAUGAACAUCACCCGAGGCGCCGUGCGCAUUGAGAAGAACAACGAACUGUGUUACUUGUCCACCAUCGACUGGUCGAGGAUUUUGGAUUCUGUAGAGGACAAUUACAUCGUGGCCAACAAGGACGACAAAGAGGAGUGUGGAGACGUGUGUCCGGGAACCGUGAAAGGGAAAAGCAACUGUCCGCCCACGGUGAUAAACGGCAUUUUCAUCGAGCGCUGCUGGACCCACGAUCGCUGCCAGAGGGUUUGUCCGCCUGCCUGCAAGUCCCAGGGCUGCACGCCGGACGGUCAGUGCUGUCACAGCGAGUGUCUCGGGGACUGCACGGAGCCCAACGACCCCGAGAAGUGCGUGGCUUGCCGCAACUUCUACCUGGAAGGCAAAUGCGUGGACACCUGCCCGCCCGGGUACUAUCGCUUCGAGGGCUGGCGCUGCGUCACCUUCGGCUUCUGCCAGGAGCUGCACAACAAGUGCAAAAACGCCCGGGAGUCGGGGUGUCACGUUAUCCACAACAACGAGUGUGUUCACGAGUGCCCCUCGGGGUACAUCAUGAACUCCAGCAACUUGCACUGCACGCCGUGCGCGGGGCCCUGCCCCAAGGUCUGCGACUACGGCAAGGAGAAGACCAUCGACUCGGUGACGUCGGCCCAGGAGCUGCGCGGCUGCACCGUGGUGAACGGGAGCUUGGUUAUCAAUAUCCGCGGAGGAAAUAACAUAGCAGCUGAGCUAGAAGCGAAUCUUGGCUUGAUAGAAGAAAUCUCAGGUUACCUGAAAAUUCGCCGCUCUUACGCCUUGGUUUCUCUUUCUUUCUUUCGUAAACUCCAUCUGAUCAGAGGAGAAACCCUGGAGGCUGGGAAUUAUUCAUUUUACGCCUUGGACAACCAGAAUCUCCGCCAGCUCUGGGACUGGAGUAAACACAACCUCACUAUCGCACGGGGGAAACUCUUCUUCCAUUACAACCCCAAGCUGUGCUUGUCGGAGAUCCACAAGAUGGAAGAGAUCUCGGGGACGAAGGGGCGGCAGGAGAGGAACGACAUUGCCCUGAAGACGAACGGCGACCAAGCCUCGUGCGAAAAUGAAUUGCUGAAGUUUUCUUCUAUCAGAACUUCUCACGACAAGAUCCUGUUGAAGUGGGAGCCGUACUGGCCGCCCGAUUUCCGGGACCUGCUGGGAUUCAUGCUGUUCUACAAAGAAGCUCCCUACCAAAACGUGACGGAGUUUGAUGGCCAAGAUGCGUGUGGAUCAAACAGCUGGACGGUUGUGGAUGUCGAUCCGCCGCCGCGCUCCAACGAGCCCAAGGCCCAGGCCCAGCCCGGGUGGCUUCUGAGGGGCUUGAAGCCAUGGACACAAUACGCCGUGUUUGUCAAAACUCUGGUCACCUUCUCGGAUGAACGAAGAACCUACGGUGCAAAGAGUGAAAUCAUCUACGUUCAGACCAACGCUACUGUUCCAUCCGUCCCCUUAGAUCCCAUCUCCGUUUCCAACUCUUCAUCCCAAAUCAUCCUGAAGUGGAAACCGCCCUCCGAGCCCAACGGCAACAUCACGCACUACCUGGUGUUCUGGCAGCAGCAGGCAGAAGACAGCGAGCUCUAUGAGCUCGAUUACUGCUUAAAAGGGUUAAAACUGCCCUCAAGGACGUGGUCUCCUCCUUUUGAAUCCGAAGACCCUCAGAAGUAUAAUCAGAGUGAAAACGAGGAUGUCAGCGGAGAGUGUUGUUCCUGUCCUAAAACAGAUUCUCAAAUACAAAAGGAGCUGGAAGAGUCCGCUUUCCGCAAGACGUUUGAGAACUAUCUUCACAAUGAGGUUUUUGUCCCCAGGCCGUCAAGAAAGCGCAGGGACCUCGGCUCUGUGGCAAACGCCACUGUGGUGAUUCCCACCGUCCCGUCCUCCCCGAACAACUCGGCAGCGUCUGAGAACGCAGAGGAGCAAAAACCGUUUGAAAAGGUGAAGUCCAAGGAGUCGCUGGUGAUCUCGGGGCUGCGCCAUUUCACCGGGUACCGCAUCGAGCUCCACGCCUGCAACCACGACGCCCAGGAGUCGCGCUGCAGCGUGGCAGCCUAUGUCAGCGCCAGGACCAUGCCCGAAGCCAAGGCCGAUGACAUCGUCGGGCCGGUUACGCAUGAAGUGGUUGAAAAGAACAGUGUGCACUUGAAGUGGCAGGAGCCAAAGGAGCCCAACGGCCUCAUUGUGCUGUACGAGGUGAAUUACGGGCGUCUCGGGGAGACAGAGGAAGCUCAUUUCUGCGUGUCCCGCAAGCAUUUUGCCAGCGAGCAGGGCUGCAGACUGCGGGGGCUGCAGCCGGGAAACUACAGCGUCCGCAUCCGAGCGACGUCUCUGGCCGGGAACGGCUCCUGGACAGAACCCACCUAUUUUUACGUGGCAGAUUACCUGAAUGCUCAGCCUAAUAUUGCUGUUAUCAUUGUUCCGAUUAUUUUUGCCAUAAUAAUUGCUGGAAUUAUUGGAGCUGCUUACGUGCUUGUGAAAAAGAGACAAACCGAAGGACCAACUGGACCACUCUACGCAUCCUCCAACCCCGAAUAUCUCAGCGCCAGCGACGUCUAUGUCCCCGACGAGUGGGAGGUUCCGCGGGACAAGAUCACGCUGCUGCGGGAGCUGGGCCAGGGCUCCUUCGGGAUGGUCUACGAGGGCAUCGCCAAGGACAUCGUCAAGGGGGAGCCCGAGACCCGCGUGGCUGUGAAAACCGUCAACGAGUCGGCCAGCCUGCGCGAGCGCAUCGAGUUCCUCAACGAGGCGUCCGUGAUGAAAGGCUUCAGCUGCCAUCACGUGGUUCGCCUCCUCGGGGUGGUCUCCAAAGGGCAACCGACUCUGGUGGUCAUGGAGUUAAUGGCACAUGGAGAUUUGAAGAGUUACCUUCGCUCUCUGAGACCCGAUGCCGAGAACAACCCCGGUCGUCCCCCGCCCACGCUGAGGGAGAUGAUCCAGAUGGCCGCCGAGAUCGCCGAUGGCAUGGCCUACCUGAACGCCAAGAAGUUCGUCCACAGAGACCUCGCGGCGCGCAACUGUAUGGUCGCGGAAGACUUCACCGUGAAAAUUGGAGACUUCGGCAUGACCCGAGACAUCUACGAGACGGAUUAUUACCGCAAAGGGGGCAAAGGGCUGCUGCCGGUGCGGUGGAUGGCACCCGAGUCGCUGAAGGACGGUGUGUUCACUACGUAUUCCGACGUGUGGUCGUUUGGUGUCGUCCUCUGGGAAAUAAGCAGUUUAGCGGAGCAGCCGUACCAGGGACUCUCCAACGAGCAGGUGCUGAAGUUCGUGAUGGACGGAGGGUACCUGGACCAGCCAGACAACUGCCCCGAGAGGCUGCACAGCCUGAUGCAGAUGUGCUGGCAGUACAACCCCAAGAUGCGCCCCACCUUCAUCGAGAUCAUCGAGAUGCUGAAGGACGACUUGCACCCCAGCUUCCACGAGGUCUCCUUCUUCUACAGCGAGGAGAACAAACCUCUGGAGACCGAGGAGUACGAGAUGGACUUUGAGAACAUGGAGAGCAUUCCCCUGGACCCCUCCUCGUACUCGCAGAGGGACAAAGCCCUGGGCAGGGACAACGGCCCCUCCAUGGCUCUCAAGGGGAACUACGAGGAGCACAUCCCGUACACUCACAUGAACGGUGGCAAGAAGAACGGGCGCAUUCUCUCCAUGCCCAGGUCAAGCCCUUCCUAACGCUUCCUGUCCAGCCCAAGGGUUGUUUCUGCUUUUCCCCCCCUCCACAAAUCUCAGGACUCUUGGUAUUGCUGCCACCGUGUAUGACACACAUCUACAGACUCUUCAGAGUUUUAAUCAUCUUAUGAUUAAUACCUUUUUUGGUUUUUUGCCAAGUUGACUGGUUGUCAGUGGAUUAUCUGUGAACACAAAUGGAAGAGGUUUCCAUGGCUGCUGUCCCUCUGUAACCAUGGUUUCAAAACAGGAUGCGACCGUGUUGAGUUCGACUGAAGGAGGCGCAUCCACGUUUGCCAACAGCAAAAAAACCAAACAGACGUGAAAUUUGCUGGUAUCUGAGCUACAGCGUAACGGUGCGGAACAAACCUGCUGCGGGCAGAAGCGUUUCCAGGAGAAUUCCAGGCUUUGGGCAUCCUCUUCACGACGGCAAAAGGGUUCAACACAUCGCUCGGACGCGCCAGAUCCUCAGAUUGACCAAUAGCUGCUGCUUUUGUACUUUUUCAAGGGUUAAAUCCCGGGGGUGCGUGUGUGUGUGUGUGUGCGCGCGCGCGUGUGUGCGCUAUCUAUAAGUGGGGUGUAUAUGUAUGGCAAGUAUACACUUCUCUGGUGUUUUGUACAUAGGUUUUGUAUGUUCUCACAGGAGCUUUCCUCUUCUCGGAAGUGUGUCCUUAUCUUUGUUUCCCGUUUCCCUGGAGUGACUGAAUCCUAAACAGAUUAUUUUUGUACUGAGGACUCCUGGGGUAGGUUUUCUCUCAUUAACAAACGAGGAGAACGUGCCAGGAGCCAAAAGGAGCAGAAAUCUGAGAUUUGUGGGUACUUUCAAGACCAAACGGAGUAGGAGUCCCCUGACCUGAGAUACGGAGUGUUCUGUCCUUACAGCAUUGAGUAUAUAUAUUGUUUGUUGUAACAUAUUUAAAAAUGUCUUUAGUUUAAAUUUUAACUUCAUAUAAAUUAUUGACUGUUUAUGAUCCUUUCGGGGAGGGGAGAAUUUGUGGGAUUGUUUGGUCUUAAAGUGGUCCAAAGAUUUCAGAAUGAACUAAUUUUAGCCCCAUUACCCUUUUAGGAGCUCUGAAGCACAUGUUAAGUUUAUAUUUGACAAGGCUUUAUAAUCCAGUUUCAUGAUUUAUCCAGUGGGGUCCGCUGGCUCCAGCCGAGGCCCUGAGAUCAAGUAAUUGGGAUUUUGCUGGGUUUGAGGGGCUGAAAGACACCAGAACAUCCCGGUCCCGAGUCCCUUCGCUCCCGUGUCGCAGACGCAGCCGGCGAGCAGGACGGGCAAGAACUUUGGACCGAAAAAGAGACGCUAGAGCCGAUGUGAAGGAGGGAGAACGUGAGAGCGCGGAGCUCUGGGCUCUGCCUAUGGGGCAGGAAACGACCGUGACCGUGUUACCCAGCUGCUGCUGCUCCGGCCGCGCACCGCCUCCCGAAAUUCCCGUGAAUUUACCAGGACGCGUCGGGACGUCAACUUUGCGUCUUCUGGACUGCGCCUCGUUGUGCUGCUGUUCGCGAAGACGACGGAGCCAAUCAGCGCCAGAUGCUGGAAAAGAGCUGCGAAACUUGCAACGCGUCCCGCGGCGAUGGGGGAGCGCGCUGGCGGGGAGAAACGGCGACGUAACCGAUGUGGCGGGCCCGUGUCCUGCGGGAGGUGGUUUCAAAAGGGAAGGGGGAUGCUCAGUCCUCUGCUGCUCGGGGAGGAGCCCGCGGGCUGUUUUGUGCUCUACGCCAGGAGAAAAGGAGCUUCUCCCGACCUGCCGUGAGUGGGACGUCAGGCUGCGUGUGCUGUUGGUUCCUCCCUGGAACCCGUGGACGGGGUGGAAGGGGUCGGGAGCUCCGAGCGGGAGGACGAGGGGCUCGGCGCCGCCGCGGUCGCUGGGGACAAAGGCGGAGGGAACGGGCUGCUCGCAGAGCUACCGGAAAACAGUCCCGACGUGGGUGAGAACCUUCGGUUCCUAACGGCCUCGUUUACAUUUCUUCUGCUUUACGAAGUAGUGACUGUUGAGCAGCUCUGUCCUGCGCUGCGGGAAAGGAGACGUAUUCUCACGCUUUUCUAAGGAAGAGAAGUUUUUCUGAGUAGAUUUUUUUUAAUUUAUUUUAAUAUAUAAAACACUGUAAAAAGAAAAAACAGCAAACCAUUUGUGUUCUUAAACACACGGAACGUGUACAUUUGUACCCGUCAAACCCUGCAGGUGGAUGUGGUGGGAUUGUUCUCGUCCUGUUCUGGUGCAGUCUACCUCAGUGUUUCUUAAGGAUGUUUUUAAUACUACGCACCUCUAAACCUGCUUCAAUGUUCUGGUCUGGACCUGUUGUGGAUCGGGGGACAAUCAAUAUCGGCCGAUUCCAAUGCUGGGGACCAUUCACGGAAGGGAAUGGGCAGAGAACGGCCCGUCACUGAUCGUCGCCCGUCACUGAUCGUCGCCCGUCUGAGCGGUAAUGACCAAAGGAACUGAUCACCCGUUGGGCUCCGAUGUUCUGGUAUUGGCCUCUUAGUUCUGCUGCGAUAAUUAAAAGAAAAAUAUAAAAAAAAAGAACAAAAGAGCCAUUUAAAUGUUGGGACUUUAGUGAAGCGCUGCUGAAGAGGAGCAGCAACGGCAGCGGGGACGUGCGCCGCCUGGGUUGGGGUUGGGUUGGGGUAUUUUGGUCACGUUUUGGUCUCACAGGUAACCCCGAGUCCUGCUGGGAGGAUGAGACCUCCCACAAUAAACCCUUCCCAGCACAUUUUCAAUCGCAGUGACCACAACUGUGGGAAUAGAAGAUCUUUUCUAUAAAGAAGCGUCGGCACCUCGUAUUGGGUCUGGCUGUCAAGGCCGUUGAUAUUGGUUGGCCCUCCGAGUCCACUGGAUUUGCAACGCUCGGCUCACUGAACAAGGGAACGUUCGUCGUGCUGUGUGGACGGGCGGCUCCGCGGCGUCCGCCCCGCUCGGCGCCAUGUGGAGCCGUUCCUUAUACCCAGUAUCGCGUGUGAAGAUAUUCUGCUCAUUUUUCCUCCAUCAUGCCAAGGACGAGGAAUGGUACUGAUGCUGAGGACAUCGGUUUACGUCUGGUUGGACUUUCUCAACACAGUUGAAGACACUCGCUAAACUAGAGAGUUCAGAAAGAUCAGUGAAGGUCGCUCCCAAAGCCCAGCUCUCGCUCCUGGAGAAUCCUUCACGCUCAGCCCGCGGCCAGCGCUUCGCUCUCUGCUGCCCCAGGUCUUCGCCAUGGGGACGCCAGGAUCCCUCGCUUGGGCCUCGCUGGUGCCUGUUUGGAGACACCGCGUUGGGCCGGAGCUGGAACGGCUGGAGGGGCGGGUGGGAAGCUCCUCCUUUCCCAGAGGGAUCGUUCAUCGUAGCGUUGGAUCAACGUUCAAUUCAGUGGCCUCUUGUGCAUCUGGUACUUCUCUUGGCUGCUGAGUCGCAAACGCGUCUUUUCUUGGCUGCUUGUAAAUACUCCGUUGUGUUGUAAAAUAGAAGAAUCGUAACGUGACCUCUGUGCCAGCACCGCGGUGGGGAUGGCAAUGGUGGUGGGGAUGGCAAUGGUGGUGGGGAUGGCAGUGGCGGCGGGGAUGGCAAUGGCGGUGGGGAUGGCGCUGGGAAUGGCGGUGGGAACCAGGCGGCACCACGAGGAGGGUGUUUGCUGUUGGUCACAAAGUGUUGAGGGGGAAGAGGCUGCUCUUAGGUUGCUCAAGGGUACUCUUAAUUUAUGGGCAGUGUAUGCCUUUCCUCCUACAUUUGUAUUAUAGCGAUGGGACUUUUGCUUAAUUUUAGUACAUUGCGUAUAACGUUGGGAUCUCUUUGGAAGAAUCUCAAGGUCGCUUAUGGUGUUAUUGAGCUACCGAUGACAAAGGCAAAUGGGAGAAAACCAGGAGCGGGGGCUGGGUGGUUAUUCUUGAGCGUUUUUGGGGAGGGAGAGAGACGAUCGAGUUCCCCUUCACGUCCCUGCAAUACGAGGCCGGACCCUGAGCCUCUCGGGGCUGUUUGCUGUGGGCAGUGAUUCCUGAUCCCGAGAAUGGAACCUCGUUUUACAGCUUCAGAGAAGUUCAGAUACCUUUGUGCCAUAAAAACGUCUGCGGGCUGCGCCGAGCUCGGCGCCGAACCCGGAGCGAGGAAACUGCGGAUAAACCUCUGACCGUGUCCCAGCCGCGCGGGGACGGGCGACACAGCACGGCGGGAACACCGUCCCCUCCGCAAAACAAAGACCCCAUGCUGCUUGUUUCUUCUGUUGUGGUCGGGGGAAAGGAGCUGCUGGGUUGGAAUCAAGGUACAGUUACAUCGGAAAUACCCGAGAUUCAGAAUUAGUUUGGUAUUUGUAUGAAGUUGAUUGAAUUGGGGCUUUUUAUUCCCUUCUGCUUGGCUCCGUGUGGACUCGCUGUGUUCUGUGCGCGGGUGUUGGUGUCGGGGCGAUCACCGCCUGUUCUGUUCGGCUUCACGUCACAACGGCGAAGCCGAUCGCAGGGGUGACUUUGGAGUAAGCGAUCCUGAAGCUACCGGUUUUAGCAAAUCUGCUGUCAUUCAAUGUGCUACUUCUUUUUAAAAUGAAAUCGCUUGUCCUUCUGGAAAGUAAGCACUUAAUGCAGUUUCAGCAAAUCGGCUGCAGCACAAUGCAAGCUACACGGGGACAGGUGGAGAAAUGACUUUUUAAAAUGUUGUAUAAUAAAGUUAGUAUCAACUCCUAAA